AUGCUUCCGUUCGAUCCGAAGGACCUCAAGUCGUGCUACCCGCUCAUGAUAUCCGCGGUGGUCCCGAGGCCUAUCGCGUUCGUCUCUUCCCUGAGCGCGGACGGCGUCGGGAACCUCUCGCCCUUCUCGUACGCGACGGUGAUCUCGCACGACCCCCCGUGCGUGAUGUUCAGCGCGUGCCGCAAGCCGGGCGGGGCGAAGAAGGACACGUGGGCGAACAUCGAAGCGACGAAGGAGUUCGUCGUGUGCGUGAUGUCCGAGUGGUUCGUGAACGCCGCGAACCACACGUGCGGGAACUUCGACGCCGAGGACGACGAGUUCGACCUCUCCGGCUUGACGCGCGUGCCGUCCGCGAAGGUGAAGCCGCCCCGGGUGAAGGAGUCCGCGUUUCACAUGGAGUGCAAGUUGCGGCACAGUUACGACGUGACCAACGCGGACGGCGUCGUCACGGCGACGGCGAUCGUAGGAGAGGUCGUGAUGUUCCACAUCCACGAGGCGGUCGCGAACGUGGAAUGGGAAGGGAAACCGAGGGUGGACAUGGCUCGAUACGCGCCCGUGUGCCGAUUAGGCGGGGACACGUACGGACGAGUCGGAAGCGGGUACGAUUUGCCUCGCCCGGAUCGCCCCGCCGCGGGGAGGUAG